AUGACCAGGACAUACGCCGACGCUGUGACGUCGCUCAACACGUUACAGUCUAAUUUUGCAAUCGUUGAUGCGAUCCGUAAGUCUGGGCGGAAGAUGAAUGAUCAGGCCAUCCCUGAGAUGAUCGAGUGGUGCAACAAAAUCGGAUACCAACCAUCAGAUUUCGAUGCGCUCAACGCUAUUCAUAUUGCCGGAACGAAAGGGAAGGGUUCUACCUCUGCUUUCAUCUCGUCAAUACUGGCGCAGUUCAUUGGGAACAACGGAAGCAAAUCGCUAUCAAAGGUCGGGCUAUAUACAUCCCCGCAUCUGCGAUUCGUUCGAGAGCGGAUACAGAUCAAUGGAGAACCACUUUCCGAAGAACAAUUUGCGAAAUAUUUCUUCGAGGUUUGGGAUCGUCUUGAAGAGGCUGCGAAAGCAGAAGGUCACGACCCACAAGCACCAGGCACAAAGCCAGUCUACUUUCGAUAUUUGACGCUGAUGGCAUUUCACACUUACAUCAGUGAGAAAGUUGACGCUGCAGUUAUCGAGUGUGGCAUUGGAGGCGCUUACGAUAGCACGAACGUGAUUGAGAAGCCUUCAGUCACUGGCAUUACGAGUCUGGGUAUCGAUCAUGUGGCAAUGUUGGGCUCUACAAUUGGUGAAAUCGCUUGGCACAAAGCCGGUAUCAUGAAAAACGGUACCAAAUGCUUUACCACUAGCAGUCAACCCGAUGAUGCCAAAGUAGUCCUGCAACAGGUCGCUCGGGAAAAGGGCACAAUCCUUGAGUUCGUCGACGUCAGUCCGGAGAUCGCCAACGACAAGAUCAAACUCGGUCUACAAGCAGAGUUCCAAAAGACAAAUGGCAGCCUUGCAGAAGCUGUAGCAAGGGAAUGGCUGACACUGCAAGGCUACCAAAACGAUCCCGAGUAUGACUCCAAAAUCCGGCGAGGCCUAGAGACCGUUCGCUGGGCCGGACGGUGCGAAACCCGUCAUGAACCCGGCAUCAGAUGGUGUAUAGACGGCGGUCAUACUCUUGAAAGCAUUGAACUAGCUGGAAAAUGGUUCGCAUCGCAACUUACCAGCAUUCAACCCCAAUCAGCCCGGGAACCACGCUUCCUAAUCUUCAAUCAACAAACCCGCGACGCGAACGCACUUGCAACCGCACUUUUCACCACCUUAUCCACCGCGCUCGACGAUUCUCACCCCUUCACACACGCCAUCUUCUGCACCAACACGACAUUCGUCGACACGGGCUUCAAACCCGACCUCGUCUCCGUGAACACCAACGCCUCGGACGUCGACGCGCUGAAAGUCCAGAAUGACCUUGCCGAAACCUGGCGAGGCAUUGACUCCCACGCAGACGUCACAGUCGUGCGAACGAUCGAGGAGGCGGUGGCGCUGGUGCGGAAGUUUUCGAGCGCACGGUUGGGUGAUGGGGAACCCAGCGAGGUGACGGCUUUGGUGACGGGGAGUUUGCAUCUUGUUGGUGGAUUUCUCGAGGUGUUGGAGAGCGAAGAUGGUCAGACGACUUUGACUGCUUGA